CACUCGCUUUCCGGCGGGCGACUGGCCUAAAAUCGCCUCUUGUUUGUUUGCUUCCGUCGUCCCCUCUCCACGUAGAGCACGCCCCCGGACCACCUUUUAUAAGCACCAACCAUCUGGCCUUGCCGCGCCGAUUCGCCACGAAGCCGCACUGUGAGAGAGGGACGCGGCCUGUUGUCCCGGCUUUUAGACGCAACUUCCAUCGCUGCGAAGCUAUCCAUUCGUGUUCGUCAUGGCCGCCAGCGUCACCGUGGAAAACCUCAACCCCAAGGUCUUAAAAUGUGAGUAUGCAGUCCGUGGGGAGAUUGUCAUCCAUGCUCAGCGCCUGCAGCAACAACUACAAACACAACCAGGGUCUCUUCCUUUUGAUGAGAUCCUCUAUUGCAACAUUGGGAAUCCCCAAUCUCUUGGUCAGCAACCUGUGACAUUCUUCAGGGAGGUUCUUGCUCUUUGUGAUCAUCCGUGCCUCUUGGAAAAAGAGGAAACCAAAUCAUUGUUCAGUGCUGAUGCAAUUUCUCGAGCAAAGCAGAUUCUUGCAACUAUUCCUGGAAGGGCAACAGGUGCAUAUAGUCACAGUCAGGGUAUCAAAGGACUGCGUGAUGCAAUUGCUGCUGGAAUCAUGUCACGUGAUGGAUUCCCUGCAAAUGCAGAUGACAUUUUCAUUACAGACGGAGCAAGUCCUGGGGUCCACAUGAUGAUGCAAUUACUGAUUAGGAAUGAGAAAGAUGGCAUUCUGUGCCCAAUUCCUCAGUACCCUUUGUACUCAGCCUCCAUAGCUCUUCAUGGUGGAGCUCUUGUCCCCUAUUACCUUAAUGAAAAAACUGGGUGGGGUUUGGAGAUCUCUGAUCUUAAGAUGCAACUGGAAAAUGCUCGGUCAAAAGGCAUUGAUGUUAGGGCCUUGGUGGUUAUCAAUCCAGGAAAUCCGACUGGGCAGGUUCUUGCUGAAGACAACCAAUAUGAUAUAGUGAAAUUCUGCAAAAAUGAGGGCCUUGUUCUUCUAGCUGAUGAGGUAUAUCAAGAGAACAUCUAUGUGGACAACAAGAAAUUUAACUCUUUCAAGAAGAUUGUAAGAUCCAUGGGGUAUGGCGAGGAUGAUCUCCCUCUAGUAUCGUUACAGUCUGUUUCCAAAGGAUACUAUGGAGAGUGUGGUAAAAGAGGAGGGUACAUGGAGAUUACUGGCUUCAGUGCUCCAGUAAGAGAGCAGAUCUACAAGAUAGCUUCAGUGAACCUAUGCUCCAAUAUCACUGGUCAAAUCCUUGCGAGCCUCGUCAUGAAUCCACCAAAGGUUGGAGACGAAUCAUAUGCUUCCUACAAGGCAGAGAAAGAUGGAAUCCUUGAGUCUUUAGCUCGUCGUGCAAAGGCGUUGGAGGAUGCAUUCAACAAGCUUGAGGGAUUUUCAUGUAACAAGGCCGAAGGAGCAAUGUAUCUUUUCCCUCAGAUUCUUCUGCCACAGAAGGCAAUCGAGGCUGCUAAAGCUGCUAAGAAAGCGCCUGACGCUUUCUACGCUCUCCGUCUCCUUGAAUCGACUGGAAUCGUCGUGGUCCCUGGAUCUGGAUUUGGUCAAGUUCCUGGAACAUGGCACAUCAGAUGCACGAUCCUGCCGCAGGAAGACAAGAUCCCCGCGGUGAUCAGCCGCUUCAGGGCUUUCCAUGAGGCGUUCUUGGCCGAAUACCGCGACUAAACUGUUACGCUGUGUGUGAGUUAAGUUGGAGGUUCAGUAGAACUGUAGAAGAGCUCAGUGACAGCGCAGAAAGAGGCAGUGUUAGAAAGGCUUAGGUCCUUCUUCACAGGAGCAACAGUUGUCUUGUCUCAUCAAGGAGAAAUAAAAAUUUUAGUUUUACAACUUCU